GUCAUGUGGAGGGAAGAAAGAUGGGAGAAAGUCAAAUACGGAGACUAAGGAAGGAGCUCUGAUUUCUCAAAUAAUGGAUCAAAGGAAGAGUUUUUGUUCCAUUUUGCUGCUUGGAAUUCAUGACUGUGAGUUCUCCUUCUCCUUCUUGUUCUUCUCCAAUUGUGUAAGAUCGUUGGUUUUUUAUUUUUUUGAUGUUUUCUUAAUCUAAUUCUCAGUUGGUGCUUUUGCUUUUGGUUUGAUGGAAUCUUGAAAAAAGUUGGGAUUUUUAGGGUUUCUGAUUUGUUGCUGUUUGAAAUCUCUGCUUUUGUGUUUGAUUUUCUUGUUGUAUUGAAGAUUAGAGCUUUGGGAUCCUCUUGAUUUGACUGGAAAUGAGUGAAAGUUCCAAUUUUUAGGGUUUCGGUUCUGGAUUUCUUUUCUUAGGGUUUUGACAUAGAUGGAUCUCAAGAAAAGAGGGCUUUCUGAAUCUUCUCCAUUAAAAGCUUCAUCCAGUUCACUGAUGACUCCUCCUGAAUCAUCAUCCCCAUCAAAUCUCAAUCUCAAUCCCAAUCCAAACAUUUCAUUCACCACCACUCAAUUUGGCCCCUCAAAUCUUUGUUUUGAGACCAGAACCAACCAAUCCUUUCAUGCUUAUCAACCAAAUUUAGGCAUUCAAUCCCUUCAAUCUUAUCAUGACAUCAAGAAGAAGGAUCAGCAGCAAGUUCUUGAUUGGGAUCCAAGGGUGAUGCUGAACAACCUCUCAUUCCUUGAACAGAAGAUUCAUCAAGUUCAGGAAGUUGUUCGAUCAAUGAUCGGCCGGGAAGGAAGCCAGUUUGCUGCUCAACAGCAGCUGGUCACCGCCGACCUUACUAGCAUCAUAAUUCAGCUCAUCUCCACUGCCGGAACUCUUCUUCCUUCCUUCAAGAAUUCAAGCCUGCCGAACAACAAUGGGAGUUUGAUCGGUAGUGAUAUCCCGUCAUCGGAUAGCACUAAGGCUUCUGAGUAUGAAGAGCUGAUCAAAGGUUUUAGCAAUGCCAGGGAUGAAGGUGAUGAUCUGAUGAAAUAUGUGAAUGGUUGCGGGGGAGAAGGGGCUGACUCUGUUCUCGCUGAAGAUGAUGCCGUGGACGGAGAUAACCUUCCACCCGGUUCGUAUGAGGUUUUGCAGCUUGAGAAGGAAGAGAUCUUAGCUCCACACACUCACUUUUGCUUGAUAUGCGGAAAGGGAUUCAAGCGGGAUGCAAACUUGAGAAUGCACAUGAGAGGCCAUGGAGACGAGUACAAGACUCCUGCUGCUCUUGCGAAGCCUAGCAAGGAAAUUAGCUCUGAACCGGUUCCGAUCAAAAGGUACUCUUGUCCAUUUAUCGGUUGCAAGAGGAACAAGGAACACAAGAAGUUCCAACCUCUGAAGACGAUCCUUUGUGUCAAGAACCAUUACAAGAGGAGCCACUGCGACAAGAGCUAUACAUGUAGCAGAUGCAACAGAAAGAAAUUCUCCGUCAUCGCUGACCUGAAAACUCACGAGAAGCAUUGCGGACGGGACAAAUGGCUUUGUUCUUGCGGUACUACGUUCUCUAGAAAAGACAAGUUGUUUGGCCAUGUCGCACUCUUCCAAGGCCACACACCAGCUCUUCCUCCGGUGGAUGACGCUAAAGUAUCAGUGGUGUUGGAUCAAGUUCAUAACAAUGAUUUGAUGAAUGGAGGAAGCAUUGGAUUCAACUUUGGGAGUGCUUCAGAUGAUGUUGGCCUUCUUGAUAUUAAAGGUGAUGAUGAUGACCGUGGUUUUUUCUCGCCUAUGAAUUUCGACUCAUGCAACUUUGGCAGUCUGGAUGAUUUUUCUCGCCCCCCAUUUGAAGUUUCUGAAAGUUCAUUCUCCAUUCUCCCUGGAUCUUACAACUAUGUUAACAGAAAUGGAUCCUAAUCACUUCACUUUCUCCAUUAAAAAAAAACCUUACUUUUUCUGUCCGUUAAUCAUUUCAUGUACUUCUUCUAGUUCAGUUCUUCCUAUUGUCUAUCAUGUAUGUUAUGUAAGAUUGAUUAUCAAUAAGAGCUUCAGUUUGCUUCUA